GGUCGAGAAAAUCGAGUUAAAAAUUGUCCCAUCUUCCCCCACACCACUGUAAUAUAUAGUAUGGAAUAUUGUAUGCUAACUAUACAUUUGCUAGGGUACAGACCUACAUUGUAGCAGCGUGUAAACCCGUAUACUCCAACAAGGGUACUUCCUUAUAAACUUAAAUGAGCUAAUUUCCUGCCUUAAAAAAACGUGAGCUUGGUAACUUAAAAAGUGAAAGGUGGUAGCAACAGCGCUAUUGUGACGUCGGUGUGUGUAGCUUGUACUGUAGUAAAGAUUGCAAAGUAGGCUUCGUAAAGGCAGGACUUAUAGAUGGGAAUCAAAUGGAAGAUGUUGUAUGUAUAUCUUAGAUUGACAUGUUUUAUAUGCAUGUGUGUCUGGUGUAUAAGAAGACACCCAUGUUAUAACUUGACAGUGAGCAUGAGGUGUAUGGAUACACCAUGGGUGUCUGGUGUGUAAGAAGACACACGAGCAUGAGGUGUAUCUCCAACUAAUACUUACACUGAUAUAUUAUACGGAUGUCAACAAUUUAGAUGCAGCUCUGUGUUACAAUCGUUUUGUUUAGUUUACCGUGGUUUGUUCAUGCACAAGAUAUAUGGUAUUCACUUGGCACAAACCAAUAUUUCAUAUAUGAUGGCGAGAAAAUUAAAGAUUCCCAAGCUGCAGUUAGUGCUUGUACCUCAAUGAACGCAACACUUGCUCGCAUUAAAACUAAACAAGUUCAAGAUUUCCUAGUUGGGAAGAUAAAUCAAACCAGAGGUAAAUCUUAUUUCUCAUACUACAUUGGUUUAAAGCGGACCGGGCCAGCUGAAACAGAUUUCCAAUGGAAUGAUGGGUCAAAUAUGAACUACACCAACUGGAGAGGGAAUGAGCCUAACAAAAAAGAACAAGAAUGUGUACAGAUUGGUACAUUGCAUGGCAACCCAUAUACUGACCUAACAUACCAGUGGAAUGAUUAUAAAUGCAAUAAUCCGGGAAGAUAUAUUUGUCAAAGGCCAUUUAAGCCCAUUAGUUCAAGCAUUGAAACAACAACUGAUGUCACAUACACUUCAACAACACAGGAAGUAAAUACACAGACAAUGACAAACGCAUCUGUGACAUCAUCAAGCCCAACAUAUUAUUACAUCAUAGGAAUAGUUGUUGUAAUAGUAAUGCUUAUUAUUGGGCUUAUAAUGAUGUAUUGUUACAAAACUAAAAGGAUCCAAAACUUUGGACAAGAUAAAAAACAAGGGAAUGCAAUCGAGCUUCAAAACGACCGUCAGCUUGUUGAUAAUGAGAUCUACAAUUUGGACAUACAGGGCUGAUUGUAAAAAGAUUCACAAUCUUUGGCAUCAACAGAAAGAAUGCUUUAUUCUCGCGUGGCCGAAAACGAUAGGCCUUCAACAGGGGUGUCCUGUUUCAUACACCUCGUCCCUGCUUACAAGUUACCACAUAUGUAACCUAUUUAUCCUCGCAUGGCGGGGACCGAC